UUCUAGUGCAAGUGACCUGAUCGUCUUUUGUCCUAACAAUAUUAUCCCACGAGAGGGUAUGCAAUAUUUGGCUCAAAUAGCUUGUUUGUAAAUUAAGGCCACAGCUAGCUGAAAAUAAAGCAGAGAUGGUUGGGUGGAUAUAUUUAGUUGUUGCAACACUGGUGCUGAGCAUGAGCCGAGAAGGGUGGGUGAAGGGAGAAGAUUAUGUCACUUACGACAGAAGAUCUUUAAUCAUCAACGGCCAAAGGAAAAUUCUAUUUUCUGGUUCUAUUCACUAUCCUCGCAGCACUCCUCAGCUGUGGCCAUCUUUGAUAGCCAAAGCAAAGGAAGGAGGAGUUGAUGUGAUUCAAACUUAUGUGUUUUGGAAUCAGCACGAGCCCCAGCCUGGUCAGUACGACUUUAGUGGAAGAAACGAUUUGGUGAAAUUCAUGAAAGAAAUCCAAGCACAAGGGCUCUAUGCUUGCCUUAGGAUUGGACCGUAUAUUGAAAGUGAAUGGACUUACGGGGGAUUUCCAUUUUGGUUGCAUGAUGUCCCUGGCAUUGUUUAUCGAACAGAUAACGAACCUUUUAAGUACUACAUGCAAAACUUUACUACAAAAAUAGUAAACCUGAUGAAGUCAGAGGGAUUAUAUGCAUCCCAACGAGGCCCAAUAAUACUCUCACAGAUUGAGAAUGAAUAUCAAAAUAUCGAAGCAGCUUUCCAUGAAAAAGGAGCUGCUUAUGUUCAAUGGGCAGCAAAAAUGGCAGUCGACCUUGGAACUGGUGUACCAUGGGUGAUGUGCAAGCAAACUGAUGCUCCUGAUCCAGUGAUUAAUACAUGUAAUGGUAUGAGGUGUGGAGAAACUUUUGUAGGACCCAACUCAGUCAACAAGCCAUCCAUGUGGACAGAAAAUUGGACAUCUUUCUAUCAAGUAUAUGGCGGAGAGCCAUACAUAAGAUCAGCUCAAGAUAUUGCAUUUCAUGUUACACUUUUCAUAGCAAAAAGGGGAUGUUACAUAAACUAUUACAUGUACCACGGUGGAACAAAUUUCGGAAGGACAGCAUCCGCUUAUGUGAUAACAAGUUACUAUGAUGAAGCUCCGCUUGAUGAAUAUGGUUUGCUAAGACAACCAAAAUGGGGACAUCUUAAGGAAUUGCAUACUGUGAUAAAGAAUUGCUCUACGCCUUUACUGCAAGGAGUGCAAACCAAUUUCUCAAUAGGUCAAUUUCAACAGGCUUAUGUUUUUGAAGAAGAAAGUGGAGGAUGUGUUGCGUUUCUUGUAAACAAUGAUUCCACAAGUAAUGCUACUGUGCAAUUCCGAAACAAUUCGUUCGAAUUGUUGCCCAAGUCGAUUAGCAUUCUACAAGACUGUCAAAAUAUAAUUUUCAACACUGCAAAGGUAAACACAAAGCCAAACAAGAGAAUAGCCACAUCAAGCAAAAUAUUUAAUGCAGUUGAUAGUUGGGAAGAAUUCAGAGAUGUCAUCCCAAACUUUUCAGAUACCUCACUUCAAUCAAAUUCAUUAUUAGAGCAUAUGAAUACAACCAAAGAUAAAUCUGAUUACCUUUGGUAUACAUUAAGCUUUCAACCCAAUUCAUCAUGCGAAGAACCUGUGUUUCACAUUGAGUCAUUUGGACAUGCUGUGCAUUCCUACAUCAACAACAAAUUUUUAGAAGCUGGACAUGGAAGCCAUGAUACUAAAGGAUUUACCAUGGAUGUUCCAAUUAGCUUAAUUGAUGAUGGUAUGAACAAUGUAUCAAUACUUAGUGUUAUGGUUGGGUUACCGGACUCAGGAGCUUUUCUAGAGAGUAAAUUUGCUGGAUUGACUAGAGUCGAAAUUCAGUGUUCUAACACAGACUUAUAUGACUUUACCAAUUAUACAUGGGGAUAUCAGGUUGGUUUGGUAGGGGAGAAGUUACAAGUUUAUAAAGAAGAAAAUUUAGAGGAGGUGGAAUGGACUGAGAUUGAUCUUUCUACAAACAAGUCACUCACUUGGUAUAAGACUGUGUUUGAUGCACCCAUUGGAGAUGAUCCAAUUGCCUUAAACCUUAGUUCAAUGGGAAAAGGAGAAGUUUGGGUGAACGAUCAAAGUAUUGGUCGCUAUUGGGUUUCAUUUCAUACUUCUAAAGGAAAUCCCUCGCAAACUUUGUACCAUGUGCCUCGCUCAUUUCUCAAACCUUUUGGAAAUCUAUUAAUUGUACUUGAAGAGUUGAAUGGGGAUCCUCUUCAUAUUUCUUUACACACCAUUUCAAUACUUGAUAAUUUUUAUUCACCAAUUUCUUACUAUCAUCUCCCUCACUAAUAUAUAGACUACAUCCCCUUAUCAUUGUGGAACUACUCUCCUUGUAUAUACGUUCUUUAUUCUACAACUCGAUUUAUAUAAUCAUG